AUGUCAUUUCUCUUCAAAUAUUCUGCGGUCCUGCAGAUCAUCAAGGCGCGUGAGUACUAUUACAGAUUGAAGAGAGAGAAGAAGAAGAUGUUCAAGCAUGAGAAGACAGAUCACAAGACAUGUUAUAAUGCCUUAAAGAGGCUCUCUCUGCUCUCUGAGCAUAUCAAUCUGCUUACUGCUGAAGUGAAACCCGAGGCAGCAGACCAGAAAAUGCCGGAUUUUGAGGCACAGAUUGACCUGGCUGAGAGGAAGCAGCAGAAACUCUUCUCUGAGAAGGCAGCAGAGAGAGAUUUUGAGAUAAUUAUCAUCUCAGAUGAGAAGAAGAAGAAGGAGAAUAAGAAUGAGAAGUGA